AUGAAUUGGAUCAAUGGUUUGGGCAGAGGCUGGAAGGCCUUGGUUGCGGUCGCGUGUGUGCUCUGUUUGCUUGUUACGCCGGCUGUAACGGUCAAGCACGAGAACUUCAAGACCUGCGACCAGUCCGGCUUCUGCAGACGGAACAGAGCAUACGCAGACACCGCGCUGUCAAACUCGAAAUGGCAGUCUCCUUACACACUAGACUCAUCUACGGUCAAGUUCGACAAAGGCAUUUUGACUGGCGUUGUGGACAAAAAGAUCACAAACACAGACCAGACAGUCCGAUUACCUUUGAAGGUCACCUUCCAUGAGUCAGGAACGGCACGUGUAACGAUUGACGAAGAGAAGCGCCAGAAGGGCGAGAUCGAGCUUCGACAUGACAGCAAAGCGCGGAAAGAACGGUAUAAUGAAGCUGAGAAAUGGGCGAUUGUUGGCGGGACUGUUGUCAGUACUGGCGCCGCUCUGAAUAAAGAUGCUGAGAAGGGGUCUACAAGGGUCAUGUAUGGGCCCGGAAGCAAGUUCGAGGCCAUCAUUCAACAUGCACCGUUCGGAGUCCAGUUCAAGAGGGACGGAGAGACGCAGAUCAAGCUCAAUGAUCGCGGUCUGAUGAACAUGGAGCACUGGCGGCCCAAAGUCGACAAGCCAGAGACCGAGCAGAAGGAGGGCGAGGAAGCUGUGGUUGCUGAAUCGGACAACAUCGCUGAAGAUGAGAGCACUUGGUGGGAUGAGUCCUUUGGCGGCAACACCGACAGCAAACCUCGUGGACCGGAGGCUGUGGCUAUGGAUAUCGAGUUCCCUGCCUAUCAGUAUGUCUACGGUGCUGCUUCACACGCCGGACCACUCGCAUUGAAGGAGACAAGGGGUGGGGAUGGCAAGUAUUCGGACCCGUACAGGUUGUACAACAGCGAUGUGUUUGAGUAUGAGAUGGACAGUCCGAUGACGCUGUAUGGUGCUAUUCCGUUCAUGCAGGCGCAGAAGAAGGAUUCGGCGGUCGGUGUCUUCUGGCUGAACGCUGCGGAAACGUGGAUCGAUAUUACCAAAUCAACGUCGUCUGCGAACCCGCUCAGUCUGGGCAUUGGGGGGACGACCAGCACGGAUACCCACUGGAUCAGCGAGAGUGGCUUGCUGGACCUUUUCAUCUUCCUGGGACCGACACCGCAAGAUGUUAUUGGAGCGUAUGGCGAGCUUACGGGAUAUACGCAGCUACCACAACAGUUCUCCAUCGCGCAUCACCAAUGCCGCUGGAACUAUGUGACCGACGAGGAUGUCAAAGACGUGGAUCGCAAGUUCGACAAGAGCAAGAUCCCGUACGAUGUCAUUUGGCUCGACAUCGAGUACACGGACGGCAAGAAGUACUUCACUUGGGAUCCAAUGACUUUCCCGGACCCCAUCAACAUGCAAAAGCAGCUCGACGAGCACCAACGCAAGCUUGUGGCAAUCAUCGACCCGCAUAUCAAGAAUGAGGGCGGCUACUCCGUCGUUGACGAGCUGAAGUCGAAGGAUCUAGCGAUCAAGAACAAGGACGGCAACAUCUACGAAGGCUGGUGCUGGCCUGGCAGCAGUCACUGGAUCGACUGCUUCAACCCCAAGGCCCGUGAAUGGUGGAAGACGCUCUUCCGCUACGACAAGUUCAAGGGCACAGCAAAGAACAUGUUCAUCUGGAACGACAUGAACGAGCCCUCAGUCUUCAACGGGCCCGAGACCACCGCACCCAAAGACCUCCUCCACCACGGCAACUGGGAGCACCGCGACCUGCACAACAUCAACGGCAUGACCUUCGUCAACGCCACCUACGACGCCAUCCUCUCCCGCGACAAGGACGAAGACAAACACCCCAUCCGCCCCUUCGUCCUCACCCGCUCCUUCUACGCCGGCAGCCAGCGCUUGGGCGCUAUGUGGACCGGCGACAACCAGGCCGCCUGGCCGCAUCUCGAAGCCAGCAUCCCCAUGGUCCUCAGCAUGGGCAUCUCGGGCUUUCCCUUCGCCGGCGCAGACGUGGGCGGCUUCUUCGGCAACCCGAGCAAAGAGCUGCUUGCACGUUGGUAUCAGGCGGGAGCUUUCUACCCUUUUUUCCGCGCGCAUGCGCACAUUGACACGCGGAGAAGAGAGCCCUACCUCGCUGGUGAGCCAUAUACGCAGAUCAUCUCGCAAGCGCUGCGGUUGAGAUAUAGCUUGCUACCAGCCUGGUACACCGCCUUCCAUGAAGCCAGCACGACGGGCGCCCCCAUCGUCCGUCCGAACUACUACGUCCACCCAUCGGAUGAGAAGGGUUUCGCAAUCGACGACCAGCUGUACCUCGGCAGCACUGGACUCCUCGCCAAACCCGUCACGAAGGAAGGGCAGGAGAGUCAAGACAUCUAUCUAGCAGACAAGGAGAAGUAUUUCGACUACUUUGACUUCUGGCAGUACGAGGGACCGGGGACUGUUAGUGUUGCUGCGCCGUUGGAUACGAUUCCUCUGCUCAUGCAGGGUGGGAAUAUCAUCCCGCGCCGCGAGCGGCCGAGGAGGAGUUCGGGGUUGAUGAAGUAUGAUCCGAUCACUCUCGUCGUUGUUCUCGGCAACUCUGGCGAUGCCGAAGGCACUUUAUACCUCGACGACGGCGAAAGCUACGAAUACCAGAGUGGAGCCUACAUCCACCGCCGCUUCAAGUACUCCACAUCCACCUCUUCUCUCACUAGCGAGGAUGUUUCUUCGCCAGGGAAGAAGACAAAAGAGUACCUCAAGCUCAUGGAGAAGGUGAGGGUGGAGCGGAUCGUCGUUGUCAACGCGCCGGAGGGCUGGAGCGGGAAGAAGGAGGUUGAGGUUGCAGAGGAGGGCGGGGCGAAGAGUGGGAAGAGUGGGAAGGCGGAGUUGGAGUGGCAUGGGAAGGUGGAGGGGAAGGCUGCUUGGGCGGUGGUGAGGGAUCCCGGGGUGCGGGUUGGUGAGGGGUGGAAGAUCCAAUUUUGA